CUCUGUCUCGUUGAUCUGGGCAAAGCACGCUCAUAGCACGUCUGCCUGCGCUCAUCUGGCUAACCUUCAAUCUCAUUAACCAGCAUGGCGUCUGCAAGAAGUCGCCCUACGACUUCCUUCACUUCAGCCUCCACCUCUUAUCCAUCUUACACUUAUCAGUAUGAAACGACAACGACAUCCCGCCCGCGAACCGGACGUAGAAGCAACAGAAGGCCUGGCACGGCUCGCCCAACAACUUCAGCUUCCACAAUCGGCAGGAUUGAAUCUCAGCAGGUUAUCUGCGCCGUGAGCGAGUCUCGCGGAAUUUCGCCAACUGUUGGCUUAGCGUUUCUAAACCUCGAUACAGCGGAAGCCGUUCUCUGCCAGAUCUGUGACAGCCAAACUUACGUUCGCACUAUCCACAAGCUUCAAGUCUACAGUCCUUCCGAGAUCCUUAUCUUCUCAACAGCCUCUAAUCCCAAGUCAAAACUUUUCUCCAUCAUUGAGGAAAAUCUCGAGGAUAUUGACAGUACAAUGACCCUUGUUGACCGCCGGUACUGGGCUGAGACGGCUGGCAUGGAUUACAUCCAGCAGUUGGCCUUUGUCGAAGACAUUGAGGCCAUCAGAAUCGCCCUUGAAGGAAACUACUUUUCCGUGUGCUGCUUUGCAGCAGUCAUGAAGUACAUUGAAUUGAGUCUUUCCAGGACAUUUUCCUAUCACUCACUCCGGAUCAAGUACGAGCCAUCUGAAGGCUCUAUGAUGAUUGACAUCUCAACCGUGCAUGCUCUUGAGCUCAUUCAGAAUGUUGAUAAUCCAAAAUCCAAGGACUGCUUGUUUGGAUUGCUCAAUGCAACACUUACGCCUAUGGGAGCUAGGCUUCUUCAUAGUAAUAUCUUGCAACCCCUUACAGAAAAGGAUACACUGGAGACUCGAUAUGAUGCCUUGGAAGAGAUGGCCACAAAGGAAGAAUUGUUCUUCCAGACAAGACAGGGCAAGUUAGAAAGCUGCCGCUUUCAGGAUGGAAGAUCACUUAAGUCCUUCCUGGAUGCUGAUAGAAUCUUGACUGCGCUCAUUGUCAUCCCCACAAAACCAUCCGUCGAAAGCAUGGAACAGGCUAUCAAUCAGGUCAUCAUGCUGAAGCAGUUCGUAAAUUCUGUGAAGCCCGUCUAUGAAGCCUUGACCGGAGCAAGAAGCUCCAUGCUCAUUGCAAUCAAAGAACUGUGUGCACCUGAAGGCAUAGAGUCUGUACAAGUACUUAUUGACUCUGUAAUCAAUGAGGAUACAACAUUUGCGAGCAAGCCACUGGAUUUGCGCAACCAGCAUGCCUACGCGGUCAAGUCCGGAGUCAAUGGCCUUCUGGAUGUGGCUCGACGAGCAUACCGAGAGGCCACCGAAGACGCAUAUCAACAGGUCAACGAAAUCGGAGAAUUGCACAAGCUUCCUCUCCAACUCAAGUUUGACAACCAGCGUCAAUUUUUCAUACAGGUCAACGCAUUAGAUCUUGAAGAUCGUAAUCUGCCUCCAGUCUUCACCAACGUUUUCCGAAAGAAGAACAUGAUUGAAUGUCAGACGCUUGACCUGAUGAAACAGAAUCAGAAGAUCGUCGACGCACACAACGAGAUUGUUUUUCUGAGUGACACGGCAAUACAGGAGCUGAUAUCGGAAAUCCGAGAGUACAUGGCUACGCUUUUCAAGAUUUGCGAAAGUGUGGCGUUUCUCGACAUGAUAGCUUCUUUCACCCAUCUUGUGACGAGUCAAGAGUAUGUUCGACCAAAACUCACGGGCACGCUUGCAGUUAAGCAAGGCCGCCACCCCAUUCGUGAGAAAAUCCACUCGAAUCAAUUCAUACCAAACGACUUCUACGCCACAAAGCAGCAUCGCUUCCAGAUCAUCACUGGCUGCAACAUGAGCGGCAAGAGCACGUACAUCCGCACAAUUGCACUCAUGUCUGUCAUGGUACAGAUUGGUAUGUUUGUUCCGGCCCAAUAUGCUUCAUUUCCAAUCCUUUACCAGCUCUUCGCUCGUGUCUCCAUGGACGACAGCAUUGAAGCAAACAUGUCUACAUUUGCUGCCGAGAUGCGCGAGACAGCUUUCAUCCUUCGGAAUAUCGAUGCACGUAGCAUGGCCAUCAUUGACGAGCUUGGACGGGGCACAAGCAUCAGAGAUGGGCUCGCCAUAGCCCUCGCCAUCGCCGAAGCUCUGGUGGACAGCAAAGCCUUUGUAUGGUUUGCCACACACUUCCGCGACCUAGCCAAGAUCAUGGCCGAACGUACUGGAGUGGUUAAUCUCCACCUUGCUGUGGACAUGAAAGAGGGAGAAUCCAUGUCCAUGCGAUACAAGGUUGCCCCAGGCCCAGUGCAGCAGCAGCAUUAUGGCCUAGCGCUCGCCCGCAUUGUUCCACUGCCACCUGGAAUCGUCGAGAGGGCAACGGAAGUCGCGGAGCAGUUACAGCGGCACACCCAGCGCCGCAAGAAAUUCUCAAUGGCAGUCAUUCGAGAACGUCGCCGCAAACUAAUCUUGAAUCUCCGAGAGCAGCUCCUGCAGGCCCAGAGCGGAGCCAUGGAAGGCGAAGUCCUUCGCUCGUGGCUCAAGCAACUGCAGCGCGAGUUUUUAGUCCGCAUGGGGGCCAUUGAGUCUGAAGCCGCGGAAGCGGCGGCAGAGGAGUCGGACGUGGAAGAUGAGACAAUGACUGAAGCGGCGGCGUCGGAAAUGACGGAGACGGUGCUCAGUGGUGGGAGGAGGGAGACUGCUAUCGAGGUAUCGGACGAAGUUUCUAUUGACUCGGUCGAAACUGAGACGGCUAGGGAUGAUGGCGAUGCGCAGUCGGAUACGUUCAUUGAUCUUGGCAUGUUUUAGGGGAGGUAAUGUGGAGGUGUGUUUGCUUUUGAGGGGAUCAAUGUGCUGGGUAGCUUGCUUUGGUUUCUACAAUACAUGUGCU